AUGCUCAAGGUCUCUCUCUGCGACAAGUUCCGCUCACUGUUCGGAGACAAGUCUGUGACCUUUGGUCCUGAUCUCCCGGAUUCGUACCCCGUCUACAUCACUCACGAUCUUGUCAGGUCUGCGAUGAACGUCAUCGCCGACAGGAAUAUUCCAUGGCCUAUUGAUCCUGAAUACCGUGUUGAGAUGGUCAUGGUCAAGGUUCCUCUCAACUUCUGCCCGCAAAACAUGAUCAAGGUAAUGCCCCUUGAUCGCACUGGAAGACAUUCCUAUGCUGCUGCUAUUGCCAAGGCAAGGUUCCGGCGAACCCCAGAGCAUCCUGGCGGUGAGCUCGUUGCGCUCGCAAUGGCCGAAUGGAAUGAGAUGGCCGUGGGCUUCAGCCUAGAGCCCAGAGAGCAUGUCUCUGUUGUCCCUCUAAACGAUCGUACACAUAAGAAUGAGGGAACUAAUUAG